GUGAAAAGGGAAAAGAAAGAAACAUUUUGGUCGAUAAAUCCAUUUUACCCACCGUAUGUCCGCGUCUUCCAUUUGAGAUACUUUGGUUUGUGAAAACUUAUACUACAAAGUCAUGGCAACUUCAUUGGCAGCGAUGACGGCGCGUCGAUCCACAAGCUUCACGCGCUUUCCCUUCUCAAGCUCUACGUCUCAAGCAGCUUCUCUUUGUCAGAGCCGCGGUUUUGCCGGAGCUGCUGAUCAUCACGGGCCAGCUAAGGUCAAUUGCUGGCAAGACCCUAUGAGUCCUUCAAAAUGGAAAGAAGAACACUUUGUGAUUGUAUCAUUGUCUGGAUGGGGCUUGCUUUUCUACGGUGGAUACAAGUUGUUCACUGGAGGCAAGAAGAACAAAGAAGAGACAUUGGUACAAGAAGCACAGUAAGGUGUGAAUUUACAGGGCGUUAUCCGAAGGUUGAGAAUUUUUCAAGUCCUAGGUCUCAAAGUUUCUCUCUAAUAAUCCAAUUGGUGGACAUGACAUAAGUUCCUUCCUUUUCUUUGUAUUGGCUUCUUCUGUUGUUAUAAAGGACAAUUUGAGUUCUUAUAUACAAAAUGGUUCUGCCCAUUCA